AUGGAUCUCUUGUCAGCCGACAAACCUAAGAAGACCGCUGCCUCUACUGGCGAAACAUCGAAAGAAAAACCCAAGGACAAGUCGAAAGGCAAGUCCAAGGAAAAAUCAAAAGCUCUUGCGGCUAAGAGUAUGGCUUUGAAGACUCAACCUACAAUUAAAAAGAAGAAAAUCCAUACUUCUACAACUUUCCGUCGCCCCAAGACACUCCGCCUCCCCCGAACACCCAAGUAUCCACGUAAAUCCGUUCCUCAUGCACCUCGUCUGGAUCAGUACAAGAUCUUAAAGAACCCUCUAAACACCGAAUCCGCAAUGAAAAAAAUAGAGGAUACAAAUACACUCGUUUUCAUUGUUGACACUCGAGCAAACAAGCGUCAAAUUAAAGAAGCCGUGAAAAAGUUGUACGAUGUUGAUGCCCUGAAAAUCAAUACGUUGAUAAGACCCAAUGGAACCAAGAAAGCUUAUGUUCGCCUUACCAGUGAUAUGGAUGCCCUGGACAUCGCCAAUAAGGUUAGAAUUUAA